AAUGGCCAUCUCCCUCCUCUCCUUAAUAUUUCCUCUCUUGACCCUAACCCCCAAUGCAUCAGCCUACUAUCAACCCGAUAACCUCAAGCCCAAAACCAACACCCCAUCAUCAAGCUCCUACAUCAUCCACACUGACAACCUCACAAGACCCUCAAUCUUCCCUACCCAAUCUCACUGGUACUCUUCCAUCCUCAAGUCUGCCGUCGCCAACCAAACCUACGACCAGGAUCGCAUCUUUUACACCUAUGACACCAUUAUGCACGGCUUCGCAGCCACGUUGACCCCCGACGAAGCCCGAAAAGUCUCUUCGACACCCGGGGUCAUCGGCGUCUAUAAUGACUCUAUCUUCGAGUUGCACACGACUAGAUCGCCAAACUUCCUCGGUCUCAACCUUGGCGACGGUCUCUGGACCGAUAAGUUUGACGCUGGCGACAAUGUUGUUAUCGGGCUUGUGGAUACUGGCAUCUGGCCUGAGGAACCUUCAUUUGACGACGCUGGUCUCCCUCCGAUCCCGCCCGAAUGGCGAGGAGAAUGCGAGAUUCGUGACCGUUUCAAUAUCAGUGCGUGCAACAAAAAAUUGAUCGGAGCGAGGUUUUUUCGCUCCGGAGCUAGGGCUCGAGGCCUUAGUUUCGACGAUGGAAGCGAGUUCAUGUCGCCUAGAGAUAAAGACGGCCACGGCACGCAUACCGCUUCGACCGCUGCAGGUUCUGCAGUUGCUAAUGCUAAUCUGUUCGGUUUUGCAAAUGGAACCGCUCGAGGAGUGGCAACUCGAGCCAGGUUGGCUAUGUACAAAGCUUGCUGGGGAUUCUAUGGAUGCCCGGUCUCUGACAUAGUUGCUGCCAUCAACGCUGCAGUCAAGGAUGGUGUUCAUAUCCUCUCUCUGUCUCUUGGUGGAGGACCUGAAGAAUUCUAUGCUGAUGCUGUCGCUAUCGCCGCGUUUGCUGCUGUUCGAAAUGGCGUAUUUGUCGCAUUUUCUGCAGGCAAUAGCGGGCCCGAUGAAGGAUAUGUCGUUAACAUUGCUCCGUGGAUCACGACGGUCGGUGCUGGAUCAAUCGAUCGCAAGUUCCCUGCGCGUGUCACGCUAGGGAACGGUGAAGUCUACGUUGGACAAUCUUUAUAUCAGCAAUCACCGAACUUUACAGGAUUUGCUCCUCUUGUUUAUGUGCCACAAUGUUUGAUGUCUGAUUCAGAAAUAACACAACUCGUCAAGGAAAAGAUCCUCAUGUGUGAAAAUGCAUUUGUUGAGCUCGGUAUGAAAGUGGCUAAAGCCAGAGGUGUCGGUCUGAUCGGACUCAAUGACAAUUAUAGCGGCGAAGGAGUUAUCGUUAAAGCAUUCACAUUGCCAGGUUUGACAUUAGGCUACUUUGAAGCACAGAAGUUGAUCAAAUACAUAAACUCAACCUCAAAUCCAAGAGCUUCGCUUCAAUUCGAUUACCAAACUGUUAUCGGAGAAAGCCGAGCUCCAACAGUCGCUUACUUCUCAGCAAGAGGUCCUAACAUUAUCCAGCCAGAGAUUCUGAAACCUGAUAUUCUUGCUCCAGGCAUGAACAUCCUUGCUUCUUGGCCUACUGAAACUCCUCUAACUGGAAGCUUGAAAGAUUUGAGACGUGCAGGCUUCAACAUAAUCUCCGGUACUUCGAUGUCCUGUCCUCAUAUCGCUGGUGUCGCUGCGCUUCUCAAAGCAGAACACCCAAAUUGGUCGCCAGCAAUGAUUCGAUCAGCGAUGAUGACCACAGCGUUCCCACUCGACAACAGUUAUCGCCCAAUUUUCCUCGACGAGAGCCUGAAGCCUGCAAACGCACUGGCGAUUGGCGCAGGCCAUGUCGAUCCUGUGAGGGCGAAAAAUCCAGGGCUGGUGUAUGAUCUGGGAGUACAGGACUACAUCAAUUUGCUCUGCACAAUGAAUUACACCGAGGCACAAAUUAAAAGGUUUAUGCCAGAGCCAAGCGCGUGCUCGAAAUUUGAAGGCGGGGUGGGGGAUCUCAACUACCCGUCUUUCGUAGCGAUUUUCGACGCGGAGACGAAGGCGAGGACGUUGACGAGGACCCUGACGAAGGUCUCGGAGCUGCCGGAGACGUACGAGGCCAGAGUUGUCAACCCGAGACCCGACAAGGUCGAAGUGGUCGUCGAGCCGAAGACGUUGGAGUUCGGAGGGCAAGGAGAGAACCUGAGUUAUAAGGUGCGGUUCGUGAGCAAGGUUGAUGAGAUCAGCUACACGGAGGUUGAGAGGGAGUACGGGUACAUAAUGUGGGAGAACACUGAGCAUCAAGUGAAGAGUCCGGUCGUGUUCAUGUGGAAAUGAUCAGAUUUGAGUGAUGUAAUUAAAUACUAUGAACCAUGUAAUUAAAUAAGGCCAGGAGAGAUUUUAGGAUAUGUUUACGUUUAUGUUCCUUAGUUAUUCGAAAGAUAUUUCCAUGAUAUUUUUCUAGUUCAAUACUAUGAACGAAGUAAACUCGUUUAUGAAA